UUUAAAAAUAAAAAUAUCUUCUAUUGAAGAAAAUCAACUUCCUGGAGAGAGGCUGUUUAAAUAGAAUAUUAUGUAAUCAACGUAUUAUAUAAUUCAAUUAAUACGUCAUCUCUUAUCGUCACACAUUGUCCGCGGUAUGAAAUAUUUCAACGUCGACUUUACUUGUACUCGCCAUGGUCAGAAUUACAAGGGUGAACUCCCCUGUUAGUUUCAGUUAGGAGAGGGUCGACGAAAAGGAAAGAGGGUCGUCCGACCGACGCGUGUGCAUGGUCCACCUGUGCAAAAGGGAACCCAGCACCUGUCACCGCACACGCGUACCUCCGUCAGGUCGCUAGAAUAAGCAGGUAGACACAGGCGCGUUCCACCCCUUGCUACCACCAGUCUAACUCGUCCGACCGUACCGUGUACACGCACGCGUCUCAAUCGCUUAUUUUAGUGCAUACUUAUAUACGUGCUACAUUGCGCUGGCAUACUCAGGUGAUGAGAGACGGAUCUAAAAAUGAGGAUAGAACUGGCGGAAGUUGAAAUAUCGACGGAGGAGGAGUACUUGCCCGCUGCCGCCGCCGUCGCAGUGGACAACAGCAGUAUGGACAGUAGCACGGACGAUUACGACGGAGUCGAGGCCGAAUUGACGAGCCUCUCCUGGCUGCAAUCGUUGGACAUCACCAGCGCAUCCGGCUUGCCGACGCCGCCUUGUUCGCCAUCGCCCCCGCCGGUCGUCCGUCAACCCCCGAAGAAACUGUCGCCUUUGGUCAAGGCCGAAUUGGAUCUCGCGGAAAAUGCCGUCAAGUAUCGAACGGAUCCCGAUGCGAAGCCACCGUUCUCUUACGCCACCAUCAUUUGUCUCGCGAUGCGCGCCAACAAUAAUAAGGUCUCCCUUUCCAACAUUUACGCAUGGAUUCGAGAGAAUUUCCUGUUUUACAAAUACGCCGAUCCAGCCUGGCAGAAUUCGAUUCGGCACAAUCUGUCGCUGAACAAAUGCUUUGUCAAACUGCCGCGUUCUAAGGACGAGCCAGGCAAGGGCGGUUUCUGGAAGCUGGAUCUCGAAAGAAUGGAGGAAAGCAAACGAUCAAGACGUCGCUCCGCGAUCUCGCAGCGAAUUCGCAACUCCAAGAAGCAAUCCUCAUCCGCGGCAAACACGACGACAACGAUAGCGGCAACGGUAACGGCGACGACGACAACGACGACGGCAACGACGACGCUCAACGCUCUUCAGAACAGCUGCUCGCCACCCACCAGCUGUUUAUCCAGCACUCUGUACGAGACCCCGCCUAGUAGCGUGUCACCCCCGAUUCCGGACAGCCUGUCGGAAGUACCGGAAUCGACGCAGGUGAGCUUGAGCGAGGACGAUUUCACGAGCUUGUUGAUCGCCGGCUGGGACGAAAAUAAUCAAUUGGAGCUCCUCGAUCUCUUGGACACCCUCUAAACCAAGCCAAGGUGACUCUCUCGCAAACGCCUCUCAGGAAUCAUUGGCGAAACAAAUGUUCUCGUCCCUCCAUACGUCUCUCCCUCCGACUUCCCGUUCCAUUCGAUCGACGCGAAUAACAACGUUCUCGGAUCGAUCUGAAACGAUAUCAAUUUUUAAUUUUGUCGGAUUUCGCAAUAACUUUUUUUUAUUUUACAAACUACGAUUGCGCGAAAAAACGAUAAAUUAUUAUUGUUAAGCAAUCAGAACAAGACUAUACAAAAGCAACGAUUUCAUUUAUCGUAUGCGUUAAAAUCAGACAGUUAAGAUCAGACAUUAAUCUCGUAAUUAAAACGCGAUUAAUUUACGAUGAAGCGUUGAGAAAAACAAGCACCGUUGAGGAAGAAACAGCAGAGAAAAGCAAACACAUCUUAUCUCUUCUUCCUUAACAGUGAUUUAAUAUACGUAAAAAUGAAACGUUGCGCGAUUUUAGAGUGCCUAACGAGAUUGUCUUAACACGCUGUCCGACCAUAUUAAACGUGUUAUAAUAUAACGUGUGUAAGAACUCUGUUGUUGCCGAAGGUAUGGCCGAUAAUAUGGCAAAACAUAUUAUAAUCGAUUCAAGUAUUAUUAGAUUACGCCGUGAAAUAUUUGUUGUGAUCGGCGACAUGAUGAGGAAUAUCAGUGCCUAUUCGAUAAAUCAUCAUUUCAUGAAUUUUUAUACACAUGAAGCGACAAACGAAAAAAUUCGUCGUUUCUAACAGUUUCACAAUACACUAAUACAAUGAUUCUCUCACGGAGAAAAUAUUGUAGUAAAAAUUACAAUAUAAUUUUGAUCGUAAUGCAUAUAUAUACAUAACAUAUUAACAUAAACUGUUUAUGGGGCAGUGAAAUCCAAAGUUGAAGUGUCUUUCUGAGAGAAAAGGGUAGCGUAAAUUUAUUUAUUUAUAUAUCUGUCUUUUUCUAAUGAAUGUAUCAGUAUGCGUGACUUUAAUAAUCUGAAAUUGCAUCAUGCGUGUGUCAGAAAAGGACGAACAACCCAAGUUUCAUGCUAUCCUUUUCUCUCAGGAGGACACCCUCUCCCACUACCUUAUAAGCAGUCUAACUUAAUAUUAUAUGUCUAUGUAUAUAUAUUUUACAAAAAAGGAUUG